UUGCAGAUCCCAUUCGACGAAUGUUUUCUUGCUCAAAACUUUUUUUAUACACUGCUGGGUGCUAACUAUGAUGCCUAUGACCCGCCGGAGUUACCAGAGACAACGAACGAGGAAAUAGGCGAUAUUAUUCAUUCGUUACUAGAAAUAGAUUCUUCCAGAAGAUGCACACCAGUGCAGUUUUAUGAUAAGGCAACAAGCUUUUUUUUCAGAGCACUUAAUAACGCUCACCUAGUGGGUGUACUGGAUAUUUGUGAGUUAGAUGAACUUACUUGUUGCCUUAUUAUGGAACUAUGCGAUGGAGAUCUGGAGAAUCAUAUUAGACAUCAUUCCAAUGAUGGACGACUGAACAGCGCCAAUCUCAGAGUCCUCAUCGACAAUAUAGCGCGUGGCUAUAAAGGAUUGUUUGACCUAAAAAUCGUCCAUCGAGACAUUAAACCGCAGAAUAUUUUGAUAAAAUACAUCUCGAAGAGUAAGCAGCUUUCAGCUGCGAAAAUCACGGAUUUCGGAAUUGCUCGAACUCUGGAUGAUGAUGGUCCGGAUCUGUGUAAUGUAGCUGGUACAUUAUUCUAUAUGGCCCCUGAAGUUGGUGCUAAUCUUUUGAAGACUUGUCAAUAUGACUCCAAGGUCGACAUGUGGAGUAUUGGAUGUUUAUUGUAUCAGUGUGUUACCGGCGAGGUAAGAUUGUGA